AUUACCAGAAAAAAAAAAUGUCUUGAUGGGAGGUAACUCAUACUGACUACGAAAUUUGGAUUUAUUCACCAUAAACUUAUGUAUGUUGAAAAAGUUCACUAACCACAAAAAUACACCGAAAGUCUGUGCCUAAACAUAAUUAGCACUGGAAACAUCAGAAGUAACGAUUAAAAGGAUAGCGUAAUGACACACACGUAUUAUAGUGUAUUAUUACUGUUAUCAGGAACUUUUGUGUCUGGACUUUUCGGUAAGUUGUUUUUAUUUACCUAUUUACUAGUCAUCAACUAUUAAUAAUUAAUAAUUAACUACUAUAGUAUAGACUAGUUACGACUAGUAAUUUACUAGUACUAGUAUAUACUAUAUCAUGUAAAUGUCUUGUACUGAAAUGUACUGUAAUGUAACAGUAACAGGUAUGAUGUGUAUGAAUUCUUAUACAAUCAGAAAAAUUCAAUAAAUUACUAGUCACGAUUUGUAUCAUCAAUGUUAAUGUUUACUGGAUUGUUACAAUAAUUUGAAAAAUGUUAUUUACUAUUUUAGGCCUAAUGCCUAAUGAAUGCAGCAAGUCAUUCCUAAUUCCAAGGCCCAAGGUCUAGGUCUAACUCUAACCAUAACCAUUAUAAUAUUAUAAUUAUAGCCAUAAUUGCCAUAAUAGUAGUAUUAAAAUUAAAUUAAUUUUAAAUUUAUAAAGUAUGUUAUAUGAUAAUGAUAUAUAAUAUAUAUGUAACAUGUAAAUGUAAGUAAUGUAGUACUAGUAGUAUGUAGUAAUAAUAAUAAUAAUAAUAAUAAAGUUUAUUUGAAAAACACGCUUCAUCCCCAAAAGCUCGAAGCGCUGUACAAAGUCAACCAUAUUAAAUAAAAAGAGAAAUACAAACAAUCUAAAAUUUACCACAUUUAAAAUCAGACACAACAAUAUAAAGCUACAUACGAGCAUACCCAGUCAAAGUCUUUCAUCCCGUUUCAACCAUACGCAACACAAGCCAAUAUCAAUAUACAUUAUCAUUAACUGAAAAAGAUGGUAGAUAGCAUCACCCCAGGUGUUUGCAAAAUAGAUGUGUUUUUAAAUCGGUUCUAAAGGACUCCAGUGUCUGGCUGUUUCUGAGAGCGACUGGAAGUGCGUUUCUAAUUGUUGGGCCGUCAAAUGCAAAAGUGCGCUUUCCGUAAGUCUCAAGGCGAACACACAGUAUCGAUAUUUUGCCACUAUCUUAAUAGUAAUGAGUAAUGACAAUGCUUCUAACAAUGCCAAUUACAACUAUCUUUGAUUUUAGUUUGAGAAAUAUUUAUCUGCUAUACUAUGUAAUAUCCACCUACUCGUUUAGUUGUAAAACAUGACCUUGAAUUUACAACAAAAAAUCUAUAGUCUAUGCAUACCAUUUUAAAUUUAUUUAUGUUAACUGAAUUUAAUAUAUUGCCAUCUCAUUAACAAUUCAACCAAACUUUUGCGUCGUUUUUCUACUAAAUAUAUUAUUGGAACAUCGUUAAACAAAGAAUUAUUUUAUUUAAAUUUAAAGAAACAUCUCUUAACCAUUUUUCACGCUUGUAAUAACCUUAAGUGUUUUGUUAAAAAGAAAUGUUAUAAUUAAUCUCAUAAAUAUACACCUAUUUUACUUUUCGCAAAGUAAAAACAAAAGCAUUUCCAUUUUUUGAAAGAAAAUCAUAACCCAUCUUUGUUCAAGCCCAUGCAAUGAACUGUAAAGGAAAAAAUAUAACUCUAUUUUUAAAAUUAAAUUUCAUGUGAGUAAAAUUAUUUGGUUUUGAUAUUUUAAAAAAAUUUUCUUAAUUGGUAAACAUAUAUUUAUUUGUAAAAAGAUAACAAAACACCUCUUUUUCACGACUAUCAUUGUACUAUCAUUGGAUUUAAAUAUAUUGUCAUCCAUCUAUAAAUGUACACAACCCUAACCCUGAUAUCACUUAUUUAUGGAAACUAAGAAGAAGGUUAAUUAUUUUUUCAAAUUUUUACUUUAUUCUGAGGCGUAUCUUGUGUUGGCUGUGACAAAAUGAAAGUGUCAAAUCCCCCUCCUCCACAUUUUUAAUAAAAAUGACUAAAAUAUUCCACAGGAUGGUAGCCCCCCGCCCCUCCAUACGAAACCACAUAUUUUUUGCUUGUCCCUGAACUUAAUUAAAAUUCUAAAAUUUCCUUUUACCACACAUUGUUUUAUAUUUUCUAAAUAAAAAUAUUUAAAUCUAAUUCUACGCAUAAUUUCCAUAUAUUAUCGAUUAUUGUUAUUUUUUUUAACAUUAAAAACUAUGCCAAAGUUCAAAUAUGUCACAUAAUUGGGUUUUGAGAUAUUAUUGUCAUCAAAAUGAACCAAUUGUAACUUCAUAUGAUUUGCUCUUAAUUGGAUGAGUGAUAAGUGACUUUUCAAAUUGCUUGUGAACCCUAAUCAUGGUAGGCUGGAACUGAGAAACUGCUAUAAAUGAGCAAUGCCUGUACACCAUUAUGCACAUAUCAUGUACAACAUCAUAAGAUAAGGCUAAUGGGAUUUUCUGGGCAGGUUAUACAAAGUUCUGUCUUAUAAAAUACCGAUAAUAGUAAAUACCCGGUAUUAUGGCUUAUUAUUUAUUAAAAAAAUAUUGAUGAAUAUUAAAUGAUAGCGUUUGCAUUUUUCAUUAUUCUAUUGGCUUAUGUUAUGUAUAUAAAAGUAUAAUUUCAGAAAAGGUAACUUUUAAAUUCUAUUGUAACCAGAAAUAUAUAUAUUGUGUGUUAAAGUAAUCCACAGCCAUAUGUUUUUCUUUUUGUUAUUAAUUCAAAGAAAAAAAUCAGGUGAAAUUAAGAGUAAACUUACCCCACAAUAAAAAUAAAUCGAUAUACACUAAGACUUGAAAAGAAUAAAUUCCGGAACAUUUAGACAGUUUGUGAAAAAAUAAAAUCUGAAACAUAUGGUGGCAAUUGAAAUAUGAACAUUUUAUGUGUCACACAGGAUAAUGCUAUUAAAUAUGGUCAAUAAUGUAGGUCUAAGUUAAAUAGGGGACUACAUUCAGUAGGUACCAUUCAUAUUAAAGGUUGUGAGCAAAAUCAGUCUAAAAGUGUAAAAAAUAAAAGUAUCAAAGCUUCUGCUUUGGAUUUUCUAGGAUUGAUUUUAAGUACAUUUUUUACAAUUGUAAUUAGAUGAAAGUGUAAAUCUUCAACAGGUGCAAAGGCUAGCUCAUGUCCUCAACAUGUAAUGCAAGUUUCCAGAGGUCACACUUCAGUAUACAAUCAUGUUUGUUACCUUUUUGUUGAUGAAGAAAUUUACUGGACACCAGCCAGAGACAGGUGCUGGAAUCUGGGUGGAGAGAUGCUCUCCAUUGAAAAUGAAGAGACCAUGACCCACAUACAGAGCAAGCUGAAUUCACCAGAGCUGGGUUGGAGACGGAAUGGGGUGUGGCUGGGAGCAAAAAAUAAAGCUGGAAGAUGGAGAUGGACCAAUGGUUAGUUGCAAUACGGUACUACUCUCUGACCAUUGCUAGAAUAGGACUGUAAUAAUUUCUGUAAUAAUAACAAGAGUCAGGUAAUGUAAAAUAAUAAUAAUAUGUAAAUAUACAGCGAAACAUAAUCAGUGAAAAAAUUUGAAAUGAGCAUCAUUCUUUACAGGCCUUUUAAAAAAAAAAAUAGUCCAUUUUGAUUGAUUUACAAGUUCCAAAAGAGACUUCCUUAGCAAAUUGUUUUAUUAUUUAAAGGACGACCUAUGGAAUAUACUAAUUGGGCCAUGGGACAGCCAAGCCAAGUCUUGGGGCCUCUGUCAGUGGAAGAUUGCACACAAAUGCGCAGUGAGGAUAAUUGGAAAUGGCAUGAUCAUAUCUGUGGCUCAUUGAGAUAUCACUACAAUUAUAUUUGUCAAUUUCGUAAGUACUGGACGUGCUUUGUCUUGAUUUUAUUGCCGUUUUCAACAGUCUUAUAUGUCUCUCAAUCUUUGUUGUUGAUGUUGUACAAAGUAUUUGAUACUUUUACUAAAUGUACUUCCAAAUUGCAUUCAAUAUUAGCCAAAAGGGCUUAAAUUGGCAGCUAAACAUGACUUGUUACCUGGAUACAGUAUAUUUAUUGUAUUACAUGCAUUAGUUCUAAACCACAGCUUGAUUUGAAUAUAGUGUCAUGUUUACCAGAUUUACAUUUUUUAUUUUCCUGUAGCCCUGAGCAAGCCAGGCGAUGGUGCUGGAAGAGUGUCUGAAUCAGCCAAGCAACAAGAUCAGGAUAAUGGGAAUGGUGAGCCUUAUUUUAAUCUACUGACUCCUCAGCAGUUUUAGGACAGUAAGGAAAACAAAGAUGAUUUUUAAUGUUUUUUAAAAAUAUGCAGCAAUUGAUUAUUUUCAUAAAUUUUCCAUUCAAAAUAGUAAUAUUUAAUAGUGAUCAAACACUGGUUAUCUCUUUGACAAACUUCAUGCUGGUAACUGUUUAUGUCAAAAUGUUUAAAUAAAAAUCCAUUCUUUAAGUUAAGCUGUACCUAACGUCAGACCGUACAGCCCCCUGGCGGUGGGGGGAGGUAGCGCAACACCGCUCCCCGGAGAGGAAGCAAAGCCGUUCAACCCAACGUCCCGUCAGAAUGACUCAAUGGGCAAAGGGGGAGACAACGUAAAAUCUCCUCCUCAAUGAGUAGAAGAUAUCUGCCCAAAUCCCUACUCGAGGCCGUGUUGCAUGGCCGGAGUCCUUAGGGACUACUGGGCCAUGUUUCAUGGCCAGGGUCCUAAGAGAUAGAAUCUCGACCCAUAAGAGUAAUGAGCUUUAUCAGUAGGCUUAGGUAUAUUAUAAAUAUACUACGGCAAUACAUCGCCAUCCCCUAGCGCCGGCCCUGGCUGGUUGGUCGGUCUUUGUACCAGCUAAUCAGAUUGCUUCUCACUUUUAUUGUUCAUCUUGCCAUCUUAAAUUGAUAUUUUACGGCGUUCUGUCAUUUGAUAUUAUUAUAUCCAUUUAUUUGGUACCUAGUGACCCCAUAAACUAUAAAUGCCUAAAAAAUAAAUGACCUUGAAAUAUGGCAAAAGGCAUAAGCAGUAUUACACAUUGAAUCUUAUUCGAAUAUGGGUAAGGACUUAUUUAAGCUUCAACAUUAUCUCAUUUGCAUAAUUGUAACCUUUCAGUUUGAUUCAUAAAGAUUGUUUAUUUCUCUUUACCCCUCUUGCUUACCAACAUAACUGGUGUCUUAAAACUUAAAAUCUGCUAACAAUUUGCACUGAAUAAACCCAUGCAAUUUCAACUAUUAAUUUAGACAUGUCAUUAAAAAAUUUUUUUAGACCAAUAUAUAAUGGUACUUAGAAAGCAACAUGUUCUAUAAUGUAAUUUUUCAUGCACUUACACAAGAUGGCACUAGGUAAAGAAGUGUAAAAUAGACUAAUUACUUUUUUAUAACCUGUAUAAGUUAAGAAAGAUAUUGUUUAAAGAAAUAAAAAGUUGACUAAAGUUUAAGGAAAUUUCAACGUUAUUUCAUAAAAUAAAUUAUAAUUGAAGAAGAAAAGAAUGGAGUUUAUUCUAUUCCUUACAAGAAUAUAUUAAAUAUCUUAAUAUUUUUAAAGUAAUUAGUUUAUUUUAAAUUUUUUUUUUUUUUGCUUUAGUAAGUACAGUGCAGGGCUUUUGAAAACGGCUCUGUCUUUUUGGCACAGACAUUCCAAAAGGGCUAUUUCUAAAGAGGGUUAAGUUGUAUUUAUUUUUGGAAUGGUUCAGUCAAUCUUAUAAAAUGACCCCAAUAAUUGAUAUUCUCUUGAUAUUUGCCAGUAUCACCAAUGACAAAAAGUUGAUUUCUUUUGUAUUUGAAAAGCUAUGGAUAGCAAAGGGUUAAGUAUAAUGAUAAGAAAACAACUAGAUCUAAAUUUCAUUCUGUUUUAUUCACAUUAAAAUUUCCACUUAUUUAACAGUUCUUAAAAUUAUUCUGAUUUCAGCCAGACUUCUUGCAAUCAUUGUUGGCUUGGGCACUGGUCUAUUGGUCGUUAUGGGACUUGUAUUUCUUAUCCUGCAUUACCGCUAUAGAAAGUCCAAACUCAAGGCUCAGGAGGGUGCAGUUCAUUACUCCAAUAACACAUACCAGAGCAACACUGCACAUUCUCAUGACCAGCAGCCACCACAAUUACCUUACUCGAGGCCUCCCUUGUCUGAUCACCAGACAGCACUUUACACAGAAGUAUGUUAUUACUGAUACCUAAAAUAGAAACUUUUGAAUUCCACUGAUUUUCAGCUUUGUAAGGUAAUUUCUACAAUAUUCGUCUGGAAUACCUUUUAAAGACUUAAGAAAUAUUUAGAUAGAUAUAGAUACUUUACUAGUCACUCACAAAGAAAAUGUAAACUUUGUUAUUAUAGUUGGUAAUUUACUUUUUCUCAGGUGGUUAAACCCAACAAUCAUCUGCACAUGGUCAGCCUGCCGGAUGUUAAAUCAAUCACACACUCACCAGAACGGUCAAGUGAACUAAGUGGUAGCCCAGUUGGAGUGGACGGGGCUUGGGGUGGCAGUGACCAAGACUUUGAUCUGAAAUCACCACUUAUCAAUGAAGGGGUCAGCAGUGACCAGGGUCAGUAUGUUGACAUGAAUGCAAUUGCAGGGGCUAAAGAUGGAGAGCAGGCUCACAAAGAGGAUAAACACAUGUACAGUAAUGUGGAUCUCAGGGACAAAGGUGUGGAGAACCACUAUGAGGUCCUGGCCUGAUGUUAUUUUUAGAACGUGUUUUGUUUUUUCUUUCUUUCUUUCUUCAAAGGUACUCCUGAAAGUUGGCAGUAGAGUUGAAAGCACGCAGUUUAAUUAAAAUUGUCAUGAAGAUAACCCAGUAUAGAACACAUCUAGUUCAAGGAUUGCUCUUAUGUGAUUUAUUAUUUUGCAAUUAUGAGAUUUAUUAUUUUGCAAUUAUGAGAAAUAUUUCUCAUUUCUCAUAAGUCAAAAGCUUUAUAAAUUGAAAUCCACCGUAUUCAGGAAUCACUGGCUUAAAACAGCAACAAAUUUAAAAUUAUUUAUGCAUAUUCAUUUCAACUUCAUCAGCUAAAGUCAAGGUGUAUUGUCCAGUAGGCAUGCAUGCUAAUGUCUAUAACAAAGUUGUAAAUGGGAUUACAUUUUUUCAACUUUUCUGGUAACUGGGGUGGCCAGUAUGUAUCUCUGUAUUUACUGUUUAGCAGAGAAUUGAAUAAUGAUGACACUGUUCCUUGUGUCUUUACUAUUUGUAUGUAUCUGGAUGAUUUCAGAAAAUUUAUACAAAGUUCAUAUAUACAAGUUAGUGCAAAAUUGUGAUACAAGUUAUACAAAAGUCCAUUAACAGUAAAACAUAAAAUGUUGCCAUGUCUUUACCAUUACCUCUAGUCACAGCUCUCUUUUUAACCCAAACCCCUCCCCACCUCUAUUCUUAUAAAAUGACUUAUGUGAGAUUGAACUUAGUUUGCCUGAACAGUUUACGUAAGUCUUAAUAUUUUUAUGCUGCUUGUUAUACUAUAUCUAUUACUGUUUGUUAGAUCUAAACUAUAUUCUAUUACUGUUUGUUAGAUCCAAUUUCUAUUUCUAGUAACGUAUGAACUUGUACAUUUGGGUCAAUAUUUUAUUCCAUCAAGUAAUAUCUAUUUUUUUCUUUCUAAGAAUUUUUUUUUUGUGAUGCAAUAAUACAAUCUUAGAUAUCUAUUUCUAGUCAUGCAAAUUUUGGUGGACAAUCUGGGUUAUGUUUGUACAACAGCUUGAGUGAACAGCAACUUAAAACAAAUAUUUUUAAGUGUUGCUCUGUUAAAAAAGCCAUUAUGACAAAGAAGAUGUUGAAAAAGCCAUUAUGACAAAGAAGAUUCAUUUGGUCAAAUAACUUAUUCAUAACAUUAGUACUUCUUAUUUUAAUCUUACACUUUACAUUUAGUCAAACUGGUUAAAUGAUGUCAAUUUGCAACAACUAAAUUUGGGUUAUGUGUCUUGAGUUGAGUGGGUUGAGUUGUUUUUUGUGUAGAUCAAGGUAUCAGAAACUCAGAUGUCCCUUAGUUUUUUUAAAUUUAAUCUUCAAAACAUAACAAUAUAUUUUAUUGUAGUCUAUUAAGAUAUUUUUUUAUUUUACAUAUCUUGUAAAAGUAUGUUUGUGAGUUAUUGACUCCGGCAUUGCAAAAUGAAAGCAGACAGGUUGUGUUGUUUUAUAAUGUCUGUGUACUGGCUACAAGGAAAUGUUAAUAAAUUUUGGAAUUAUAAUUAUUAUUUAGACAUAACUCACAUUAAAAAUAGUAGAAAAGUUAGAUUUUUAAAACUUAUAUAGAAAGUGGAUGAAUGUAAUUAUUGAAUUGAAAGAUAUUUAACAGUAAACAAUAAUGCUUUACCUUUUCUUUUAGUGUUCCUUUACAUAUCUUCCAUUUGAAAAAAUUUAUGAUAUCAUUGCCAUAGGUUCCUGAUUAAAUGGUGUAAAUAGACAUACUAUAUUUAGUUAAUGUAACUGUAAAUAAACAUGUUUAGUUGUGACUGAGAAUCCAUUGUGCAGUCUUUGAAAUAUCACACACAUAAUGUACAUUUGCAAACACAGAGGAAUACAUACACACAACAAUAUAAUAACUGAGAAACUUCUGUUGACAGUUUGAUAUCUCUUGUAAAGAAAAUAUAUUAUGAUGGGCUAUCACCUGCACAAUUGAUUUUGUUAAUAACCUGUUUUUUUACUUUAAUUAAAUUGUGUUAUAUGUACAUAAUUUUGAUACAUUUUAAUAAAUGCUUGUUUUUAAAAUAUUUUAAACAAAAAUCAAAAUAAAACUUAAGUUACUUUGUUUCAUCAACCUAGUUUUUUUUUAAUUACUAAGUGUAAUGUUGUUUUGCCCUUACAUCACUGUACAAUAAUUAUGAAGGCCAUCCUGCAUUUUGCAUGUUUAUACACUUGUCACAUUUUGCAUUUUUAUACACUUCUCAGGCAUUGAAAGUGGAGGCAUCAGGCUGGUGCCAGAACGUAGCUUCAUAACAAAUACAUCUGGACAAAUGAAGCAUCAUUAAAAUCAGCUGUUGAUUUUUUUGAUUACAUGGAAUUAAAACAGUAAAUCUUAUACUAUAC